GUAUGGUGUGGCCAGAAGUCUUGCUUGUUGCAUGAAAGACCCGGCUACGAGAACUUCAUGUGCCCAGAGACCCAGCAGUGCCAGGCUAGCCCAUGGGUCAAGUGCUUCUCCCCACCCUGCACUGAUUGGGGAGAAUGUAACGCCUUAAAUGCUGCUCCUGUCGACUCUAAAUGCCAACCGAACACAGGCCAACUGGACAACAACUGUGCAAAGAUCACACUCAUCUUUAAUAAGGAGAAGAUUCCAAAGGGCAUCACUGUGGAGUACAUCUGCUCAGAACUGAGGUAUUUACCCAUCCUGCGGAGCCUCUCCAAGGAGCGAACUCUGUUUGUGUUGUGUGACCUGGCUAAUACCUCUGACAGUGCAGUGGAAGUGGCCAUUUCAUUUACCCAACACGGUGAGGACCAGGAUGGGAUCCUCAUUCGGGAUGCAGUCACAAAGAUUGUCGACAACAUGACCAAGCAACAGAACAGCACCAUGAUGCUGGCCGUCGUCGAGGUGAAAAUAGAGACGGCUUAUGUUCCUCCAUCACAGCCAGCGUAUCUGGUUCCGGUGCUCAGUGUGGCGUUCGGAAUGGUGUGGCUGGUUUGUAUCAUCAUCUGCGUGUGGUGGACCCGAAAACGGAGAAAAGAGAGAGAGAGAAGCCGGCCGUCCAUGGAGGACAUGGUGAACAAUCAGUGGGAGCCCCUGAACCCCAUCAGGAACCCCAUUGACAAACCCUGCAGUAACAAAGACAUUCAGUAUGAAUGCAAAAAUUUAAUGGCUCCUUGUAGCCGGACUCUAAUGGCAAGAGAGGAGGUGGAGGAGGAGUUGGGUGUGGACAAGUGCCCUUCCCAAAGAUGUACAAUUACAUUCUUGCCAGCAAAAGGCGACGCUAAAUCUUCGCAGUUUACUCCAGUCAAGCAACUGCAUCGAACUGGCAAAAGGGAGAACCGUUGCCUAAAAAAUGUGAACAGUUCAAACUGUGAAGGAGGUAAGGAUCUUUCUGUAUGAACCUAUGGGAGAGUUGUUUAGUGCCUACAGUUUUUUUUUAGAAAAAGAGAGAGAAAGGGAGAGGAUAAAACAAGAGAAAUUCUCCUUUUACCUCCUUGUCCCUUUAAAACUGAAACCAUCUCUUGAAGUCUUCAUGGUCAGUAAGUGUCUCUUUCUUUUGGUGUGUGUAAAAACCAUUAUUUACCAAGUGUCUCUUUAAAUCUUGUAUAAAUUAUUUGUGACUUGUUCAGUGUCAAGAUCUCUUUGCCAGUUGCUAUAUUGUGUGUGUUUUUUGUCUCUCCUCUUAAAUUGCGAAUUGGAGGAGGGCAGCACCUUGUCUGUCCCUUAGCAACAGAAAAAGAGGAACCAAGAUUGUCAUUCAGUGUCCUCCUUCCAUUUUACACCAAAUAAAUUGUUUACAUAGGUUUUGUCGUGGCCUUUUUCUUUCACAGCACUUGAGUAUUAUAUUGCCGUGCCCCAGUGAGGAAUUUUCGAUUGGUGUGUUCCUUUGGUGACCUUUCACCUCACUUUCCCAAAGGUGGUUUGCUGUCUCUGCACUGCUGACAGUUCCCUACUGUUGGGUUAGACUUCGUUUUGGGGAAGGGCUGGGAGAGGGUUGGGCUGAAAAGUGGAGACGUGUGGGAUUUAUCAGAGUCACAGUCGUGGCUUAUGCUGACAGAGCUUGUGCCUUUGGUGAACAUACUGUUUUUUUUUUAAUCAAGCCCUCACCUGCAGGUUUCUGUUUCUGGGAAAUUUGUGACUUGCUAGCCUUCGGGAAGCAGAAAGAGGAAAUGAGACGUUUUCUAUAGAGGGGAGCAGUGGCAAGGCAAGGAGGAGGUGGUGUACAAUAAGUCUGAGCUUGUUCCCCGCCCCCCCCAUCCCUUGAUGACUGUCGAAAUAGUCAAGAAGGGAGUAAUUUUCCAAGAUUCCUGCCUUUAAUGAGCAAAGGUGGGGAAUGGAGAAGGGGAGAAAUAGCUUCGAUCGAAGUAUGUUCAGCAAGUAUUAGAAUCAAGGGAAGGAGUUGGAGGGAUGCGAGGAACAAUUUCUUGUCAGGGAAAAUGCCACGGAAUCAAAGUGCCUUGUUUCUGUCUGGUCUUCAGAAGGGCAUGAAUUUACACACAAGGUCUCUCUUUCUCUCUCUCUCUCUCUCUCUCUCUCGGUAUACUUUGAAAGAAACUUCACAUGGAGAGUUGCCUUGAACUCAGGUGAAUGUUAGAUGGGUGCAGUGGAGACCCCCCUCCCCCCAACUCCUUUUUUUGUUUGGUUUAUGUUGAAUUUUGUAUGCAGUGAGAUCCCGUAGAGAGCAACCAGCCUCAUGACCCAGAGUAACCCUCCUCUCCAUUCACCAGAAGCUGGGAGUGUAUACAGUAUUGGAGUGGCCAGUGCCUGAAGGUUGAAUUGCUAUAGCAACUGUCAAAGACUGUCCUGCUGAUUUUUUAAUAUAUAUAUAUAAAUAAAUAAAUAUAAAUGACAAGGUGAACUAUGUACCUUCCUUACUGUCCUAUAAUAAACAAUUGUAAGUGUAUGAUCAAAACUUCUGUAUAUAUGUAUAUACUUAAGGAAUCGAUGUGUAUAUUUGAUUGAAUAACUUAAGACAGAUAUUAAUACAAGUUUUUUGUUUAGAUGCCAUUCCUUAAUUUAUAUUAAAAAGGAAUUUUCAUGGCAUUUUUCUCACAUGCGGGCACACAGACACAUCUCUUUACUCUAGUAUUCCAUUAGAAAUCUUGAACUUCACAACUGGCUAAGUGCAUAUUUUUUUGAAAAAAUAAAAGCCCAAACUGUAAAUAGAUUUGGCGUGCUUUCAAUCACUGCUUUUGCAGCCUGACCCAUUACUCACACAGCAUCAUCCCCACAAACUGGGAAUACUCCCCUGGUCCCCCAGGUUGAUUUCCUGAUAGGAUUGGUGAUGGGGAAGGAAGAUACACAGCAGGUGGAGAGUGAAGCAGGAGUGGCAGCUUGCGUUUAUAUCUUGCAGGAGUUCCAAGUCACCCCAAAUCGAAAGCUGGGAUUUCUCUUUUCUCCUUUACAACAACAAAAAAUGAAAAUUUGGGUGCUGAUGUAGCGUAAAACACAAGGAGAAGGACAGAACAAUUUGGUCCAGUUAAUGCAUUUGCUGUCCGAAAGGAUUAAAGAGAAUGUCCAAAUCUCUCUCCUCCAAUGCAGUCUGUUUUCAAUUCUUAGAGUUGAGUGCUAAGGCUAAACAGAUGGUUUUGAUAUUUGUGACCAGUGUAAUUGUGUGCUCAGGCAAGACCUUUUCAAAACUGUUCAGUUACAUCUUAGGGCAAAAUUAAAUGAGCCCUACAUGUCAAGUGUUUCCCCAGCCACACUCUUACCGCAGUUCCCACUUACAAUUGUUGCACAGUGUUUAAUUUUGGCCUUCGAAUGUUUGGAGCACAUUAUACAGAAACACUGGUGCUCAGGCUUUUACUGUCUAUGUUAACCAGCUCUCUCCUCGGGUGGGGUGUUAAAAUCUAUUAUGCAAAAAGAGGGAAUAUAUUUCUGCUUUGAGCAGAGAAAAGAAUGAAGGGAACAAUUUAUUUGUUUUAUGUAUUUUAGUUUUCUUUUUUAAAAAAAAAACAACUUUUGCUUUGUUCCAGCACAGAAACUAAUGGGUGAUAUGUUCUACCCUAUGAUAUAGAGAAAAAAUGGUUUUAAUUCAAAAUGAGGAAACAAAAAAUAUGUAGCCUUAUGUUCUUUUGGUUUAUACUGUGGACUUAGUUGUAUAUUUAUUGGGGUUAAAUCCGAACCAUGAUUCACCCAACACAAGUGCCCACAAUCUUCAUCAGAUUUAACUGCUGCAGGGUUUAUAUAUAUUUAUAUACAUAUGUGUGUGUAUAUAUAAAUAUAUAUAUAUAAAAUAUAUAUUUGGCUAUGGAUUCAUUUUGAUACUAAAUACUUAAUGGGCAAACUGUGAUAUUUUCUUUCUGAAUUAUGGAUGAGAGCUUUUGUUUUCUGAAUCACGUUGCAUGUUUAUUGAUGUCAACCACACAGCAGGAGGCUGGAAAAAAGUCCUGUCUGAUGAAAUGGGGUGAAAAAUUUAAAAAAAAUGCAGGCUGGCUGAUUUAAACAGAAAAUGACAUGAACAAUUUCUGUACGGACUCGAAAUAAAGUUGUAAUUUUUUUUUGUAAAAGGACGCUUGCGUUGCCUUGCAAAAGUCCUGUGUUCAUUUAGAGCAUUUUGUUUGACAUGUUCUUAGAGAUAACUUUCAAAAAAAAACUAUUUAUUAAAGCGUUUUAUAUUAACGUC